AAGUUGUCGCAGAGUGGUAUGAGCCAAGACUCGUUCGACGAGGCUCUUUCCUAUGAGGGCGAUCGGCCGACCCUCUCGAAAUCAUUUAUCUCAUCUCAAAAUGGCUGGUUUUCAACUGGAUAUGAGAAGAUUGCAAACUUGGCUGCAGCGAUGGAAGGGCAAUCGGAUUACAAACAUAAGGCUAGGAUGUCUGUUUGACAUGUGCAUCGUGCUUACGAGAUCAUAGGAUCUGUCUCCAGUCUCAAGGAAUGGAAAUGAAGUUUUCUCUGUAACCAGAAGUCCCAAUCCGUCGAACUUCAACAUAUCCAGCAACAAAGAAGACAUCUUAUUUAAGCUGGAAAGCCAGAGGUUCGACAGUUUGAGCCGCAUAGAGAGUCAACAAACGACCAACGAUUCCAAGACGGAAAUUGACAGACUGGAGAGGCAAAACGCGGAGUUGACCUCGAAGAUAGCCAAUCUGCAAAGAGACUACGAGAGAGACUAUGCAAAGCUCUUGGAAGCCGAGAGUUAUAAGGCGCAUUACAUGGAAUCGGCAGAGAAGAUGAAAUCUCUCACCGAGGAGUUGAGGAUGGUCGCAGACAAGAAUGUCAUCCUAAAAGCUGAGAACGACAACCUCAAGAUCAGAUUGCAAGAGUUUCCCGAAGAAAAAUUUCAAAAUUUGCUGGCUCAAGUUGAAAGCGCUGUAGAGAACGAAGGGAAACUUCGAAAGCAGAAUGAGCAAUUGGCAAAGGAGAUUGUG